CUAAUUGGCAUGACUGUCUGUCAGCUAUGCUAGAAAUGUCAAAAAAUCGUUUCUCAAAAGUGCUGGUGUUUAUUUUUUCGAAGAUUUUUCUUAAUUACGGACUCUAAUCAGAAUUAACAGUCAUCAAAUUGAUUCGAAUCCGAUGUCCCCUGGUGCCGACCCCAAAAUCCCUGCAUGUCGCCCGACUUGAAGUGCGUUAAUUAUUUUAUUUUCAAAGACGUAAUUUGAAGGUUGACUGUUUGACAUAUAUUAAUUAAGCAUCCUACUACAAUAACAAUAUCGGAUUGCUUAUUAUCUCCAUAAAUUCCCACAUUAUUAUGAUAAAUCCAGUUAAAAGCCCGUUUUAGGGGUGUCUGUUUUGACCAAACAAACUUUACUUGGCGAUAAAUUAUGUGAUAGUUGGAUUUUUAUAUAAAUAACGUUAUGAAGAAACCGGAGUUAAUCUGCUUGCUGUGCGUACUCCACUACACCUCGGCUGAAAUCUACGCUAUACGUUUUGACUCGCAAUUCUACUUUGACGAAUUUGAAGAUGUCCCUGCCAGUUUUGGGAAGAAAUUGUCAGAUGGAGUGGUUCGCGGUAUCUUGGUGAACGCCGACCCUCCUGACGGCUGCACCAGCGCCCUGAAGCCGCCCCCCAAAGACGUAGAGAACGAAACAGGUCGAUGGAUCGUCCUAAUGCCCCGCUAUAACGACGUUUUGAAUUGUUCUUUCGAGCAGAAGGUCCGUAUGGGUCAAGGGGCCGGUUACGACGCCGUCGUCGUCCACAAUGUCCACUCGAACCAACUCGUCCCAAUGUCGGCGAAAAACGACACCGGAAUUAACAUUCCUUCAGUAUUUGUCAGUGAAUCUUCCGGCUUGAUGUUGAGAACAACCUUCGCUGAUCCGAAAUAUUUCAUCGUGAUCACUGGAGAAUCCCCGUUUAAUAUUCAGACGCAUCUGCUGAUCCCCUUUGCGAUCGUAGUCGGGAUCUGUUUUAUUGUAAUGAUCAUCUUCCUAGUGGUGAAGUGUAUUAAAGACAGGAGGAGGCAGAGGAGACACCGGUUGCCGACGUCGACGCUUAAUAAGAUUCCGAUUUGUAAAUACCAAAAGGGGGACCCGUACGAGACGUGCGCCAUAUGUCUUGAUGAUUAUAUCGAGGGCGAGAAACUGAGAGUUCUUCCAUGCAAUCACGUUUACCACACGAAAUGCAUCGACCCUUGGCUGACCAAGAACCGGCGCGUGUGUCCCAUCUGUAAGCGCAAGGUGUUCGCGCACGACGAGCCCCAACACGACUCUGACAGCGAUUCGGACGCCGAUGAUACAACCCCUCUUAUUAACUCGAAUAAUAGGGGCACAGAAGGGGGCACUUUCCAGCAACAGAGCGAGAAUCCGUUCCGUCGGGCUGUUCGCUCUAUCUCUCAACAAUCGGGAGCUGCUAAUUUUGUCACGGCCUCCGAUCAUCAUAGCAUCAAUGGAGAUUAUCAAAGUUGUAACUCUUCAACAACAGGAUCUGAAGAAGAAAGCGGACGCGUUUGUGAUAAUUUAGAUGAAGUUCAUGUUCAUACACAGCUCGAGGAGAGUCAUAGUAAUGGAGAUGUACAUGUUUGAGUUGUUUUUUGGUUAUUUCCGAUUUGUUUAGGUUAGUUGCUUUAACUUCUAGUCUCGGACGAGAAGAUUAAUAAGUGCUGGUGCUAUUAUCAGUUGAAUUAAAUUUAUUCUCUUGUAUUUUUUAUUAUUAGUUUUAUUUUUGGAUGAUUUCGAGUCGAGGCACAGCCUGUAUUGUAAGUUUAUAACGAAAUAUAUUUUUGAUGGUCAAAAAUUA